UUCCGACACUCAGUGCUGGUGGAGGCCCUGUGUGGUCACACUGUGGAGGCUUCUUGGACGCCCGCCUUCCACUUCAACAUCCUCAAGCCCUAUGUGGCGAUUUUCAACAAGAGCGUGAACAUCAUGCACGACAAGUGGCAGCGCCUGGCCUCAGUGGGCACCACAAGACUAGACAUGUUUGAGCACAUCAGCCUCAUGACCUUGGACACUCUGCAGAAAUGUGUCUUCAGCUUUGAUAGCAAUUGUCAGCAGAAGCCCAGCGACUAUAUCGCCGCCACCUUGGAACUCAGUGCCUCUGUAGAAAAAAGAAACCAGCACUUUCUCCUGCACUCGGACUUCCUGUAUUAUCUGACUCCGGAUGGGCGGCGCUUCCGCAGGGCCUGCCGCCUGGUGCACGACUUCACAGACGCCCUCAUCCAGGAGCGGCGCCGCGCCCUCCCCACUCAGGGUACUGAUGACUUCUUCAAGGACAAGGCCAAGUCCAAGACUUUAGACUUCAUUGAUGUGCUUCUGCUGAGCAAGGAUGAAGAUGGGAGGGAGUUGUCUGAUAAGGACAUAAGAGCAGAAGCAGAUACCUUCACGUUUGGGGGCUAUGACACCACGGCCAGUGGUCUCUCCUGGGUCUUAUACCACCUUUCAAGGCACCCAGAAUGCCAGGAACGCUGCUGGCAAGAAGUCAGAGAGCUUCUGAAGGACCGUGAGCCUGUAGAGAUUGGUGAAACCUCCCCUGCACAGAGACUGUGCUGCAGGUAUGGGGGUGGAAGGCUUUGCACAACCUCAAAGACCUGGGACCCAAACUUUUACUCAGACCAUGGGAGCAGGUGAGGCAAGAGUUGGGCAAGGUAGACCUUUAAUCCACCUCAUAGACUAGAGUGUGGGCUUAUGGCGUUUCUCCUUUCACCCAAUUCGCCUUCACUUUCAAUGUAUCUCUGUGCUGAAGGCUCAGCUAGGUGUGUCAGACAUUGUAAAUCCUCCACAUAAAUUAUAGUUUAACUGGAAUACAGAGACCAGGCAGGAGGAGGAGAGGAAAUGUACAGAUAUUAAUCUUUUCUCCCUUAUCAGAAGGAAAAGUGGCAUAGGAAAGUUCAUGCUUAAUGAGCCAAAGAGUAAAUCA